ACAGACUCGAACUGGCAUUCAAAGAUGCCGUAAAACUGACAAACAUAAACAUGUAUGAAAAGAGUAUGACUCUACUUAUUGGACUGUAUUAUUUGUACCACAAGUCCCCUAAACAGAAGAAAGCGCUUCAGCGAGCAUUCGUCAUGAUGGACUUCAAGGCAUCUAUAAUGCCUACACGCAUCGGUUGGACCAGAUGGUUGCCACACUUGGACCGUUCACUGUCAGCCUUCUUUAAAGGCUACAGAGUGCUAGUGUACCAGCUACAGACGUCAUCCCAUGACAAUGCCAAGGCAGAGGGGUUUGCCAAGCUGGCUACAGAUGGCUUUUUGAUCCUUUACUUGCUACAGCUCAAGGCUGUGGUUUCAAUGUUGAUGAGACUGUCAAAGUAUCUACAGAAGCAGGAGGUUUCCUUGGCUGAUGCUUACUCUAGGGUAGCUGUAACCAUGAAAGGCCAUGUGACCUUGAAGUCGGAGUCAGAGUGCUUAAUAGCUGACGUUGAGCAAGUCCUCUCUGACAGAGCUUAUGAUGGCAUUGAGUUGACAUUUAGGGGUCAGAGACCACAACCUGUGCUUGAAAAAAAUGUUGACUCUGUCAUAGGCAAAAUUGAGGAACGCUUUCCGCAGAAGGACCCAGUCAUUGAAGCUACCAAAAUAACUGGACUGAACAAUUUGCCUUAA